AUGAGCAGAGAAAGUACUACAGAGGACCAGGAGGAGAGGACCAGGAGGAGAGGACCAGGAGGAGAGGACCAGGAGGAGAGGACCGAGAGGACCGAGGGGACCAGGAGGAGAGGACCAGGAGGAGAGGACCAGGAGGAGAGGACCAGGAGGAGAGGACCGAGAGGACCAGGAGGAGAGGACCAGGAGGAGAGGACCAGGAGGAGAGGACCAGGAGGAGAGGACCAGGAGGAGAGGACCGAGGGGACCAGGAGGAGAGGACCAGGAGGAGAGGACCAGGAGGAGAGGACCGAGGGGACCAGGAGGGAACCAGGAGGAGACAGACAUGGGCUGAUUCAAAAUGGCCACAGGCAGCCCCUCCCUCAGGAAAAACAACAGCAGCAGCAGAAGGAGAACAUCCAUCAGACCCCCCCCCGUCACGAGGCUCUUCCAUCCAUCACCCCCCCUGCUGUGUCCUCACCCCCCCAGAACACCCGCAGGCCGUCACCCCCCCUGCUGUGUCCUCACCCCCCCAGAACACCCGCAGGCCGUCACCCCCCCUGCUGUGUCCUCACCCCCCCCAGAACACCCGCAGGCCGUCACCCCCCCUGCUGUGUCCUCACCCCCCCCAGAACACCCGCAGGCCGUCACCCCCCCCUGCUGUGUCCUCACCCCCCCCAGAACACUCGCAGGCCGUCACCCCCCCUGCUGUGUCCUCACCCCCCCCAGAACACCCGCAGGCCGUCACCCCCCCUGCUGUGUCCUCACCCCCCCCAGAACACCCGCAGGCCGUCACCCCCCCUGCUGUGUCCUCACCCCCCCCAGAACACCCGCAGGCCGUCACCCCCCCUGCUGUGUCCUCACCCCCCCCAGAACACCCGCAGGCCGUCACCCCCCCUGCUGUGUCCUCACCCCCCCCAGAACACCCGCAGGCCGUCACCCCCCCUGCUGUGUCCUGUCACCCCCCCCAGAACCCGCAGGCCGUCACCCCCCCUGCUGUGUCCUCACCCCCCCCAGAACACAGGCCGUCACCCCCCCUGCUGUGUCCUCACCCCCCCAGAACACCCGCAGGCCGUCACCCCCCCUGCUGUGUCCUCACCCCCCCCAGAACACCCGCAGGCCGUCACCCCCCAGUGUCCUCACCCCCCCGAACACCCGCAACCCCCCCUGCUGUGUCCUCACCCCCCCCAGAACACCCGCAGGCCGUCCUCACCCCCCCCACCCGCAGGCCGUAGCUGUGUCCUCACCCCCCCCAGAACACCCGCAGGCCGUCACCCCCCCUGCUGUGUCCUCACCCCCCCCAGAACACCCGCAGGCCGCGGGCGAUCGGGACAGUCCGGCCCCGCCCACUUCCUCAGGCCGCGGGCGAUCGGGACAGUCCGGCCCCGCCCACUUCCUCAGGCCGCGGGCGAUCGGGACAGUCCGGCCCCGCCCACUUCCUCAGGCCGCGGGCGAUCGGGACAGUCCGGCCCCGCCCACUUCCUCAGGCCGCGGGCGAUCGGGACAGUCCGGCCCCGCCCACUUCCUCAGGCCGCGGGCGAUCGGGACAGUCCGGCCCCGCCCACUUCCUCAGGCCGCGGGCGAUCGGGACAGUCCGGCCCCGCCCACUUCCUCAGGGCCGCGGGGGCGAUCGGGACAGUCCGGCCCCGCCCACUUCCUCAGGCCGCGGGCGAUCGGGACAGUCCGGCCCCGCCCACUUCCUCAGGCCGCGGGCGAUCGGGACAGUCCGGCCCCGCCCACUUCCUCAGGCCGCGGGCGAUCGGGACAGUCCGGCCCCGCCCACUUCCUCAGGCCCGAUCGGACCGCCCGCCCACUUCCUCAGGCCGCGGGCGAUCGGGACAGUCCGGCCCCGCCCACUUCCUCAGGCCGCGGGCGAUCGGGACAGUCCGGCCCCGCCCACUUCCUCAGGCCACGGGCGAUCGGGACAGUCCGGCCCCGCCCACUUCCUCAGGCCGCGGGCGAUCGGGACAGUCCGGCCCCGCCCACUUCCUCAGGCCGCGGGCGAUCGGGACAGUCCGGCCCCGCCCACUUCCUCAGGCCGCGGGCGAUCGGGACAGUCCGGCCCCGCCCACUUCCUCAGGCCGCGGGCGAUCGGGACAGUCCGGCCCCGCCCACUUCACUUGCAUCAGUAAUGAAUGA